CUCCUAGCUUUCUAGCGGUUAGCCAGCAGCUAAUAGUUAAUCUUGAAAAUUCCGAGCUGUUUUUCUGUAAAACAAAUAUUCUCAAAUACGUCGUCAGGAACACAAAAAACGAUCUCCUGUAAGUCAUCCAGCUGUACACGGUAAGCUCAUCCAAAGAGAGUCCUCCUCUAUGCCUGUGACGAUGAAUGGAAGCCCUGCUUUUUCGGCUACGUGGAGAUGACCUGCCACCCUUUCUGGAAUGGUCAGAAUGGGGCCAGAUGUGCCCCUUCUUAAUGAGUACAAACAAGAAUUCUUCUGGAAGCGCUUUCCUCAGACAGUGUUGGGAGGUCCACGCUUUAAGUUAGGUUACUGUGCCCCGCCAUAUGUGUAUGUCAACCAAGCAGUCUUGUUCUUGACUCCAUGGCUUUUUGGGGGUGUUGGCACUCUGCUCUGCCAGCUGCAGCUGCUUCAGGAGCUCCAUGCUGCCAUUCUUUCCGGGAUGCUUAUGUUUGCGGCUGCGGCAGGUGUCCAGGCCCUGGCGCUGUAUGCUGCUCGUAGAAGUGGCGCRGUGGAGAGACUUGGCACACCCAAUAUUCUGGUUGAUGAAGAGGAAGUGGAAUUUACUAACUGCGUUAGCCCGGAGACACUUCGAUUCAUUGCUCCAGGGAAGCGGUUCGGCCUCAAUGUGGUGCUACAUACAAUUUUAGCUGGAGUUCUCUGUGGCUUUGGGACUUGGUAUGUGUUCCUGGGAAGACUGACAGCUCUCUAUGACAGCAUUGGAGUAUCCCUUGUAGUCUUUGUUCUUAGUUGGGUGACUCUGUGUAUAGCUGAGUAUUCCCUUAUUGUAAAUACAGCUACAGAGACGGCCACUUUCCAGGCACAGGACACUUAUGAGAUCACCCCACUUACUCGUCCACUUUAUAUUUCUAUUUUCAUUGCCGUGGAUAUGGUUAAUAGGUUUUCCAGCCCUGUACCUGAGCUUCAGCUGGCCAGCCAGAUUCUUCAUGUGCUUUUCCUUUUCCUUCCUCUGCUGUGGGCGCUGGGUGUGCUGCCCCCUCUGGAUGCCCUGCUCCUCUGGGGCAUGGAGCAGGUUCUUGUGUUUGGCUUAGGAGGCUCACCCAUGUCGAGUAACAUCAGGCUGCUCUUGAUGUUUGCUGUAUCCACCAGCGUAGCUGUYUGUAAUUAUUUAAUCCCAUCAGCACUGGGUGUGGUUCUCUUCUCCAUCUCUACUGGAUUUCUUCUGAGCCUAGACCUCAGCCAAGUUGGCACGCUCUGCAAAGGUCCUAGAGCAGCCUUCAAGAACCAUGGAUUACACAGUGGAGGGUUGCCACCCUUUCUCCCUAAUUCCUUUGGUUGGAAUUUAGGCUGCAGGGAGAUUCUGGUGUAUUUAAGUCUACUGCUGGUAGCGAUGGCAGAGGCGGGACUGUUGCAUCACUUCUUUGGUUCAGCUCAGACUCAGAACAUGGUUACAGGACCCCAAGGACCUGUCAGCUACCUCCUCAUCAUACUCUUCUUUCUCUGCUGCACUCUAAGAGAGAUCCAGGGGGUGUAUUUGUUGGGAGGAAUGUUUCUUAAUCCCCUUUACCCUAAAGGAAUGUCUAAUAAUCAAGCUUUUCAGCAAAAGAAUCGAGGGUUGUAUAUAGCUGCAGCAAUCCGAAGACUCCUUCUUUAUUUUGUGACUCCAUUUGCAAUGAUUGCUUUUCUGUCCAUGGACAUGUCUCUGCAGUCACUACACAGGGUCUCCAUCAGUGUGGGAUUCACACGAGCCUUUAGAGUGGUGUGGCAGAGCUCAGAGGAUGCCCUGUUGCAGAUGGUAAUAGUGAUCUUAGUGCGGCUUGCAGGAGGGAGCAAUUUGCUGCCAGGAUGGGACAACUUAGGAACUGGAGUUCAGCUUCUCCUUGUGGGCCUUCUGAUUGACAGGCUGAGCCAGUUCCUGGCCAAACUAAAGUUUACCCUCACUGUGUUGGUGACAUCUUGGACAGAAAAGAAGCAGCGUCGUCAGUCGGCUGGAACGCUCGUGGUUCUGAACGCAUCGCUGUGGCCGCUGGUGUUGGCAGUGGUGACCCUCUCUGCCCUGCUCUCUGCCCCUUUGCUGCCCCUCUUCACUUUGCCUAUCUUUCUUGUGGGCUUUCCCAGGCCUCAGCGCAGUUGGCCUGGUCCUGUGGGCACUGCGUGUCCCUGCCCAGACUCGAUUUUCUACCAGCAAAUGAGUGGAAGUCUGGCCUCGGCAUUAAGGACAGCCUUUACAAGAGGAUCACUCGGUUCUUUAGCCCCAGGCUCUCAUUUCCUUGGACGUUUUCAGGACCGUAUGGUUUGGAUCAUGAUUCUGGAGAGAGGAUAUGGCUACUGUACUGUCAAUGUUAAGGGUCUGGAGCUGCAGGAGACAUCUUGCCACACGGUGGAGGCGCGGCGGGUGGAUGAAGUGUUUGAGGCUGCUUUCGAACAACCCGAGCGGCUUGGCUUCACGCAGGGCUUUAACCUGCACUGGGGAAACGCCCUCACCCCUUGCACCGCAGUUGCCGUACGAGUCUAUUCUGAUGCCCGAAACGUCCUCUCCGGCAUCAUCGACUCUCAUGAAAACUUGAGGAAACUUCAAGACGACUUCAUGAAAGCUCUGAUCUGGUUGCUCCUGCGGUAUUGUGUGCAGAGGCAUAGAGGAUUUUUAUGGAGCGGUGAAGAGGCAUCAUUGAGUGGAGUCAUCAAGUCCCAGUCUUCACAGUUUGCUCAAACAACUUGUAACCAGCCAUCUGAGGCCAUUAAGGUUGAAUCCAACGUGUCUUCUUACAGGCUCAGACAGGAUAGCUCUAGUUUGACUUCUUUUGGAGAUUGGUCAGAUGAGGAUGACUUAUUUGGACCACAACCAGCCAGACGGACAGUGGCUUUAGUCACCGCAGAGGCCCAACCUGGACACUCAACCCUGCAGAUUGGGGCCUCUCUGCCAGGCUCAGUGGAAAUGGAUAGUCUUUUUGAAAACAUGGCUCUCUCCGCCCUGCAACCACUGCAGCCUCUUGGACUCAGCAUUGGAAUGCCAGCUGUAGAUAAAGGCCGAAACCCAGAGGUCCUCAGAGAAAGCCCCCAUCUGAACCUAAGCUGUCCCCAGUCUGAAGUGUUUAACCUACCACCAGGGUGGAGGACAGCACCAUUACUCCCAUCUCGCUUGCUCUCGCUUAGACCUUUAUUUCCAGAGGAGUGGUUUCGGUUUACCUUGGGGCGCUUUGGGCAAGCUGUGCAGGGUGAGACUUCAGUGGACAUGACCAAAGCCCUAAAGGAAGAUGAGGUCCUGAAAGAACUACAUGUUAAGGUUGCACUUUCAUGUCUCAUCUCUGUGGGGGCAGAGUCUUCUUUCACCAGUCCUAGUUACAUCUACAGGCUGUAUUGUGGAGAUGUACCAUGGACCGAAGGACUCGACUGGCUUUCCUCGAGUAAAGAACUUUACCAGCUCACUCUCCAGGCAUUCAGGUUUAGUUUCAAGCUGCUAUUUGAUCAGGCAAGCCUCGGACCAAUGGAGUCCCCUGAGGAGUUGUUCAGCACUUUAGAGGAAUAUGAAAGGGACUGGUACAUUGGCUUGGUGACAGAAAAAGGCUGGCAUGACAGUGUUCUUCAAGAGAAGCCCUUCUUAUUCUCUCUGGGACAUGAUCUCACAAUGGGUACCUACACAGGGCGAGUGCUGUCCCUACAGGACCAGCUAAUACAGGUGGGCCGUCUGAAUGGAGAGGGCGUUCGUGGUCAGUGGGCAAACCUUUCCUGGGAACUCUUAUAUGCUACUAAUGACGACGAAGAGCGGUACAGCAUUCAGGCUCACCCAUUCAUGCUUCGAAAUUUGACUGUUCAGGCAGCUGAUCCCCCUCUAGGGUACCCCAUUUAUUCAUCGCCCCCACUUCACUUUCCCUGCCUCUGAUCUGUGGCCCUUUUUACAAAUUACAGAGAAGGAAAUGGUUUCUUUACAUUUGGUAAUAGCCAGGAAAAAAAAUACUUAAAUGUUUGWGUUAUCCUUUCUAAAAUUUUUGAUUCGGAAGUUGUGAGUCUUGUCUAUAUGGAAAUCCAGAUUGUUUUUUAAUACUUUUUGGUGCUUUAUUUCAUAAACUGUAGAGGAAAGAGCAGUGACUAUUUAACACAUUUCAGAAUUUGACCCAUUUUAAUUGUUACAAUGGUCUGCUUCUUCAGACACCCAAAAAUUAAAUACUUGAUUUCUGAAGAAGUUUCAGCAAAUAUUGUGUCACCAUAAAAAUCAUGUUAAACUUAAAGCCAUUUCAUUUAUAUUAAAACCUUAUGAAAUCUAUUUUUAUUGCAUUUUUUUAAGUUUCACACUUUUCAAAAGUUCAUUUCCAUGUUCACAAAAAAGGUACAAGAAACUGAAUGUUUUGUUAAAGAUAUCGAGGAUGUGCCUUGAGUACAUCUUGCUCUGUGUACGAUGUUUAGUGCUAUUGUUUUGUUUACAUUUCAGUUGUUUACAGUUAAGGAGUUAAAUGAAUGUCCACAGAUUCUUGUACAUAUUGUUAAUUUUUAUAUGUGUAACUGUAUAUACUUGUAAUAAAAUAUGUUGGCAAAAAUAAA